AUGGCGCCUGGCAGUGCGCAGAGGACGACGAUGAUGGCUGGAGACCUGGUAGCGAGUAUGCUGAGGACUACUGGGAGGAACACUGGUGUGAAGGCGGCGGCGCGGAGACAAGUGGCGUUUGGCAGGGAGGCAUCGACGUGGUCACUAGAGCAGGUCUCGAGGAGGGCUGGCGUAACAUCUGCUACGACAGCCAGUGGGCUUCUUGGUACAGUAUCAAAGGCUGCCCAGCGACAUGGCUCUUCCACACGACCAUUAUCGAUUGUUCGAAGCAUCAGCACUACCAUCCGACCUUCACUUCGACCACAGCGAAUAAACACCCUCGGCCUCAUCCAACAACGCACAAUCUUCGGCAGCCAAAAUUGGAGCGGUCAGAGUAACCAACGGAACCUCCUCGCCUCCAUGGAACAGACGGCCAACAACAACCCGAACAGCGCCACCUCCCAAAAUGCCUUCUAUCAAACCCUCCUUCGCGCGAACAUGCCUGAGAUCCUCGUCGAACGCUAUCAAACCGGCCGAUACGCCAGCAAUGUAGCCUGCGAAGGCGCUUAUAUGCGCGCACUCGAGCGUAUAGGAGCUGCCGAGACAAGCGGUCUAGGUUCUGCAGCAGGCAAGAUCGCGGGUGGGACAAGCCAUCAGAUGAGCCAGGAACAACUGCAGGCGAUCGGGCAAGCAGUCUCAGCCCGCUCGCAAGGCGGCAAUGUCAGUAUCUCUCGCGCUGGAUCGGGUGCUAAGAACGAACCGCUGUAUGUGGUUGUGGACGAGAGCACGGCGAGCACCGUGUUCAAAUGGUUCAAGUUCUUGCUUGUGUUCGGUCUGGUGUCCUAUUCUGCGCUCGUCGUCUUCACACUUAUGAUCGAGGCGACGGGUGUGUUGAAGAAGGUCGGUGGGGCGAAUAAUGCUGAGGCCAAGCCGGAGCUGCAGACUACUCGCUUCAGCGACGUUCAUGGCUGCGAUGAGGCGAAGGAGGAAGUGCAGGAACUGGUCGACUUCUUGAAGAACCCGGAACGCUUUAGCACGCUCGGUGGCAAGCUGCCGAAGGGUGUGCUGCUUGUCGGACCGCCUGGGACGGGAAAGACCCUUCUGGCUCGUGCUGUCGCUGGCGAGGCCGGCGUGCCGUUCUUUUACAUGUCUGGGUCUGAAUUCGACGAGGUCUACGUGGGUGUCGGAGCUAAACGUGUCCGCGAUCUUUUCACUGCGGCGAAAGCUAAAUCACCUGCGAUUGUGUUCAUCGACGAGCUUGAUGCUAUCGGAAGCAAGCGCCACGAACGCGAUGCCGCAUAUGCCAAGCAGACGUUGAAUCAACUUCUCACCGAACUGGACGGCUUUGAUCAGAACUCUGGCGUGAUCAUCAUUGGAGCCACCAACUUUCCGGAGUCUCUCGAUAAAGCUCUUACCCGCCCUGGUCGCUUCGAUCGAAACGUCGAGGUACCACUUCCUGAUGUGCGUGGUCGCAUUGCGAUCCUCCAGCACCACCUCAAGACUAUCAAGUUUGAUGCCUCCGUGGAUCCGACAGAAGUAGCGCGAGGCUGCCCUGGCUUCUCCGGUGCAGAGCUUGAGAACGUAGUCAACCAGGCUGCUGUUCACGCAUCGAAGAACAGGCAACCCAAGGUGACCAUUGAGGAUCUCGUGUGGGCGAAAGACAAGAUUUUGAUGGGUGCAGAGCGAAAGAGUGCAGUGAUUCAGCAGAAGGACAAGAUCAUGACUGCCUAUCACGAGGCAGGCCACGCACUUGUCGCCAUGUUGACCGAGGCUACCACACCGCUAUACAAAGCUACGAUCAUGCCUCGCGGCCAUGCACUAGGCAUAACCUUCCAGCUUCCCGAGCUCGACAAGGUCAGCGAGUCGAAGAAGGAGCUCUUGGCCCGCAUAGACGUCUGCAUGGGAGGCAAGAUGGCGGAAGAACUGAUCUACGGUGCUGACAACGUCACGACCGGCGCAUCGUCAGAUAUCCAGCAAGCCACACAAGUAGCCUACAGCAUGGUAGCCAUGGCCGGCAUGAGCGAAAAGCUCGGCAACAUCGACCUGCGAUCCGACUACCGCCAACUCAGUUCCGAGACCCGCCUACUCAUCGAGAGCGAAGUCCGAAGAUUAGUAGAAGAGGGUCGGGAGCGGAGUAUGACCCUCCUGACCACGAACCGCGAAGCCCUUGAUCGCUUGGCCAAGGCGUUGGUUGAGUACGAAACGCUGAGCAAAGACGAGAUGGAGAAGGUGGUCAGGGGCGAGAAGCUGCCGGAGAAGAUCAAGGUCGAUAUCACCACGCCGAUUAAGGCGCCUGAGACGCCGUUGAUGCCGCCUUUUGGGCUGCCGCCGCUUGGGGGUGGGAGUCCGGGGCAGGGUAGUCCGGGCCAGCUUGGGGAUGGGGUGAAGGCGGGGAGUCCGUAG